CCGUCGUUAUACGUCAUCUUGCACGACAGGUCUCGCACUUCCGAGCAUCAAAACUUUUCCGACACACAGCGGAGCGCGCAGAAUCGCGCGGGUCCACGUCGGGCGCGCUUCGACCACCACUUCGCCAUGAACGGCUUCAACGGAAAUGCCCCACCACCGGGGACUAUGUAUGUCAGAGCAUUGUACGACUACGAAGCCGACGAUCGCACGAGCUUGAGCUUCCGGCAGGGCGACAUCAUCCAAGUCAUCAACCAACUUGAAUCGGGCUGGUGGGAUGGAGUCAUAAACGGAUGUCGUGGCUGGUUCCCUUCCAACUAUUGCGCUGUAGUCACCGGCGGUGUGGACGAUGCCGAGGAUCACAACGGAGGUGCUCUGGAUGAGCAGGACAGAGAGUCGCUAGGGGGUACUGAUUACACCAAUUCGGAUACAGAGUCUAUGAGCGGAAACGAUACCAUACUUCCUAUCGAAAGGACAGAAACUGCGCGCGACGAAGAAGCUGCAUUUUGGAUACCCCAGGCAACGUCAGAUGGCAGACUAUUUUACUUCAAUACCUUGACAGGGGUCAGUACCAUGGAACUGCCCCUCGAAACCCCCUCUGCGAACGAGAACGGUCCAAUAGAACGUGUCAAUGUCUUCAUACCAGGGUCAUCGCGGCCACCACCUGAGCUUAUGGCCUCGAGCUACAACGUGGAUGACACCGACGACGAAACCUCGACCUCGGACUUUGAAGGUCCUGGAAUGACAGGUUCACACAGCUCUCUGAAUGGUCGUAAGAGACUCUCGGACGGUGUGUCGCCUGCAACAUCCAUGGACUCGAUGAAUGCUGCGUCUUCCUUUGCUCCUUCCAACGAAACGAACGGCACCAGCUUCUCUGUCGCACAUAUUCCCGCCCUCGGAACCACUGCCACAUCGUUUGCGAACGGCUCUGCCAAUGGAAUGGUGGGGACGGCAGCCGCAUCUCGAAAGUUUUAUCACGAUAUUAACCCUAUACCGCUCACAUGGAACCGUAUGGUGGAGGACAUGCGCAGGUCAGUCGAGCGUUACCGACAGGCCAUCAGCAACAGUGACCGCGCCGAAUUCGUGAAACGCGCUGAAGACAUAUCGGAUCAUUUACGACUGCUGUUGGCCGCCGGUUCAGGGACAACCGAUAAUCACUCCGGCAAUCCCUCUAUAAUCUCCACGAACAAAGCCCUUUACCCUCAUUUCCGCGAAACUAUGUCAAGGUUUUCAAAGCUGGUCCUUUCUUCACACAUCGCCGCCUCAGAUUUUCCUCCACCCGACUCCUAUUCAAAGUGUCUUAAGGAAGCCGAUGGUGUCUUGAACGGAGUGUAUGGCUUUGUAGAGGUCGCUAGGCAACAGCGUGGCGAAGAUCUACCACGUCUUGUUCCUGGCUUUGUUAUGGGCAGUAAUGUCGGUGGCAACUGGCAGAACAAUGGUAUCGACAUGCGCGAUUCGGCCACUUCCAUGUCGUUUAUUGAUCAGGAUGACUUCGAGCCUAUGGUCGAACCGACUGUGAAGCUCGACGCCCGUCUUUUGGAACGUCUGGAAGACCUGAAGAGGCUGAUCGUUUCAAGCAUUCGAAGACUGGACGAGCAGCUCACCGUUCGCGACAAGAUCAUCACGCCUCACCGCCACCAGAUCAUUGGUGACAAUGUAUGCAAUGCUGCUGGAAAAGUGCUGGACGUUUGCCGCCCUUGGAUUUCGACCAUCGAAUCAAUCAACCUUUCCUCCCUUGGCUCCACCAUGCAAGGCCAAUCAUUGGGGGAGUUCAGCGUCCAAAAGCAGAACGUCUACGAUUUGUUCUCGGAAUUGGUCAUCUGCUGCCAAGGUGUAGCUGCACCUUUGGCUGACGAAUGGGCAGAGAUCCGCGGAGAUUCUCUGGAAGAUCGGAUCAACGCAUGCCGUGCCGUCUCUAGGGAUCUUGAGACGAGCGUAGUGCAGCAGUAUGGCCUUCUGCAGCAUCUAUCAGAAGCCAUCGUGACUCCCGAGGCUCGCAGGAUGACUGACAGCGAUGUACCCGGCUCCCGAGCGAGAGGGUUAUCAGUCACUAGGCCGAAGCUCGGCGACAUGCCCCAAGCCCAUACGUACAGCGAAGGUCAAAGUUUGGAAGACAAGCCCGAACCUGCUCGACCAAUCAACAGCAAGAAGAUCCAGGACUUCUUUGGCGAGGUUCCUGUGAUUCCCCAAGCUGCCCCAGUGGAAGAAAUCCCCGAGUUCUUGAGGCUAGACCACGAGGGAGAGAUUUCGUACGAUCAUAAAGUCACUCCUCCACAGCUGCGCGGCGGCACCUUGCAGGGGCUUGUGGAACAGCUCACCAGGCAUGAUCGUUUGGAUUAUGCUUUCAACAACACGUUCCUCCUGACAUACCAAUCGUUCACCACAGCUUCUGAGCUCUUCGAGAUGCUUGUCAAACGAUGGAGCAUACAACCCCCGUACGGCCUGGCCAAGGAGGAUUACCAGAAGUGGGUGGACAGGAAGCAGAAGCUCAUUCGCAUCCGUGUCGUGAACAUCCUCAAGAAUUGGUUCGAUAACUACUGGAUGGAAGGCAACGACGAAGAGGCUCGAAUUCUGAUCCAAAGGGUGUACAACUUUGCUAAAGACCACGUCGCAACUACGAGUGCUGCAUCUCUGAUGACUUCAGUUGAGCAGCGAUCUCGCGGACCGGAUAUGCCCACAAAGCGAAUGGUUCUCACCAUGAACGGCAACACCCCACAGCCCAUCUUGCCAAAGCACAUGAAGAAGCUCAAGUUUUUGGACAUUGAUCCUACCGAAUUCGCUCGCCAGCUCACCAUCAUUGAAUCGCGUCUUUAUGGAAAGAUUAAGCCUACCGAGUGUCUGAACAAGACAUGGCAGAAGAAACUCGCACCCGGUGAACCCGAUCCAGCGGCCAAUGUUAAGGCGCUCAUUCUUCAUUCGAAUCAGCUCACAAAUUGGGUGGCUCAAAUGAUUCUGACACAACAAGACGUCAAGCGUCGUGUGAUUGUCAUCAAACAUUUCGUUAAUGUUGCCGACAAAUGCCGCCUGCUAAACAAUUUCUCUACGCUCACAUCGAUCAUUUCGGCCCUCGGCACCGCGCCUAUCCAUCGUCUCAACCGGACGUGGAGUGCGGUGAAUGCUCGCUCCAUGGCAACUUUGGAAAACAUGAGGAAGCUCAUGGGCAGCACCAAGAAUUUCGCAGACUAUCGCGACACUCUUCACAAAGCGAACCCUCCUUGCAUUCCCUUUUUCGGUGUCUACCUCACCGAUCUCACGUUCAUUGAGGAUGGUAUCCCAUCGCUGAUCAAGAAGACUAACCUCAUCAAUUUCGCAAAGCGAGCGAAAACCGCCGAAGUGAUUAGCGACAUUCAACAGUACCAGAGCACGCCAUAUCCUCUCCAGCCAGUGCCCGAGCUGCAGGACUACAUCCUCACCAACAUGCAGUCGGCCGGCGACGUGCACGAAAUGUAUGAAACCAGUCUUCAAGUUGAGCCGCGCGAGCGAGAAGACGAGAAAAUUGCAAGGCUUUUGUCUGAGUCGGGAUUCCUAUGA